AUCGUGCUCUUUCUGCUGUGCGCUCGAGGCGCGCAAGAGGAAGCAGCGCUUUUCCUCCUGUCUCUGCGUUCAAGCUGCUGCUGGACCAGCAAGAACAGCUUUGAACCGGUUUUCUAGCCGUCUACAAAGCAGUAUGAAACGGAUGCACAAUGCGCAUUGUUGAUGCAGAGUGCUUGGCUGACACACGGACCUCGCAGGAUACUGUCCAGGAAGAGCAGCGUUUCUAUAUGAGGCUUUUCUAUUCGUGUCAUUUGUAGCGAUUCCGUGAAGGAGGAUUUUUUAACAGGAAGCCAUCCUACAUGGAAAGUUCCUGUAGAGCGCGCAGCUGUGCUGAGUCCUGCUGCUGUUUUUGUAGAUGCUGAGGAUCCCCUCCUCUGUUGAAGCUGUAGUGGAUCCCAGAGGGCAGCGGUAACGUCGGCACCAUGGUUCAGUCUACAAAAGUCCUGGACGGAGGCUGGGGAUGGGCGAUUGUGAUGGCCUCCUUUAUGGCCCAGCUCCUGGCCUAUGGGUCACCCCAGUCAGUGGGAGUCCUGUACCCUGAGUGGCUGCAUGCCUUCCAGGAGGGCAAAGGCAUGACGGCCUGGGUAGGCUCGCUUGUGGCCGGAGUGGGACUUAUAGCCAGCCCUGUCUGCAGUGUCUGCGUGGACAACUUUGGGGCUCGCCCUGUGACCAUCUUCAGCGGCGUGAUGGUGGCAGGCGGCCUGAUGCUCAGUGCCUUUGCUCCAAAUGUCCAGUUCCUCAUCUUUUCCUAUGGAAUUGUUGUUGGCCUGGGUUGUGGUCUCGUCUACGCAGCCACGUUGACAAUCACAUGUCAAUAUUUUGACAAGAGACGUGGCCUUGCCCUCGGCAUUGUCACCACAGGCACAAGCGUCGGAGCCUUCAUCUAUGCCACAGCUCAGAAUGAGCUGAUAGCGUUGUACGGCCUGGACGGCUGCCUGCUUAUCAUCGGAGCUGUAGCACUGAACCUCAUGGCCUGUGCAGGCUUCAUGAGGCCCCUGAACAUGCCCGGGUACUACCUCAAACAGAAGGCAGCCCUGGAACGCAACACAGAGGAGAAGCUCUUUGAGAAACCCGCUUUGGAUGACCUGAAAAUCUCAUCAGGUUCCGACACAACCACUCCAGAGAAAAACCUGAUGGUGAAAGAGUUGCUUAUAACAAUUGAUGCAAAAGAUAUUCAGACAGAGAAGAAAGGCAGCUUUAUGGCUGGGUUGGCCAUCAUGAAAGUCAUCAAGAAGAAGCAUCAGGCUUACUCCAAGUACAUGCACUCCAUGCAUGAGAUCCUACAGGACCAAGCCAUGGUGGCCAUCUGUAUCGCUGUCUUCCUGUUCAGCCUGGGUGCGUUCCCUCCUGUGCUCUUUAUAGAGGAUGUGGCGCAAAGUCAGGGACUCAUCGAAGAAGUUAGUGUCAUUCCUCUGGUAUCAAUAGGGGCCAUUGCAACUUGCGUGGGUAAACUAGUACUGGGUAUCAUGGUUGACAUCAGGUGGAUCAACAGCAUCUAUCUGUACGCCUUCACCAUGUAUGCAGGAGGUGUGUCGCUUCUCCUCAUCCCCAUCACUAAGACUUAUUUUGGACUGCAGAUUCUGGCUGUUGUCCUGGGUUUCUUCUCUGGAAAUUGGUCUCUCACCUCUUACAUUACCACAAACAUUGUUGGCUUGGACAGACUGACACAAGCCCACGGCAUCCUCAUGUUCUUUGGGGGAUUUGGGAUCAUGCUUGGACCCCCUGUUGUAGGGUGGUUCUUUGACUACACGCAGUCAUAUGACUUGGCAUUCUACUUUAGUGGGACCUGUGUGCUGCUUGGGGCGUGCAUUCUCACUCUGCUCACCCUUCCCUGCUGGAACAGGAAGCACUCUGAGAAAAACAAACCAGAGGUCCUCUACACCAGCAACUGUGACAAAGUUGCCUCUGUAGCUUGAAUAUGAGUACCUUCCAUAAGGACCUCAAAUCUCAUCCCUACUGCCCAGCAGCUGUCCACUGAGAACGCUGCAACUAAACCACCGUUUGGAAAAAAUUCUGACUAUUAGGGGCUUCCCCCUUAUUUCUGCUGCCAGGUUCUAAUAUACCAAAACACUUGCCAGAGGUUUUCAAAUACAGGCCUUUCCUCUGUAAUUUACCUGCAGUUCUCAGGUUUCACUGCAGAUGUUUUCAAAGGUUUGAUAUGAUGCCUGUGUUGUUUUUUAUUAUAGCCUCAUUUUACGAGGUCAACUGAUCAAUAUUGUUUGACGCCCCAGUUCUUCAUUGAAUUUUUAGAAGUACUUUUUUUUACUUAACUGUAGCGCUGACAAAAUACAUGGUGCCGUUAUUAACACUUGGAAGAGAAAUAUCUGCAUAAUUGUUGUGUGUUUAUCUAACACGUACAAUAUUUCAAAGCACUGUACAAAUGCACAAAAUGUCCCAGGAACCUUACUAGAAUAGAAAAUACAGGGAUAGAAUGAAAGAGGGAGCCUUUUUAGAUAAAUGUCAUUUUAGCAAGACAUUUUUUUUUUUUGGUUUUAAUAUGUAUCUUAAUUAAACCACUCUGUAUCUUACCAAAGCAUAAAUACUAGUCAAUGCCUGUCAACACAUAUGCCUGUUGGAACAAUACAAAAGCCUUGCUUAAAGAUAAUUUUGGUUUUCAAGUGCAUUGGCUCAGUUGAUAGGUUUUUUUUUUUUAUAAAUGGUUUUUCCACAUACCUCUUCUUCCUGGAUCGCACAAAGACUUUGAAUACGUCAUGCUGAUUCAAAAUCAUAUGAAACCACUUCAGAGGUCCUACUUUAUUUCCAACCAUGAAAGCAUGUUGAUUCUCUUUAUGGCAUGAUAAUCAUGACCUCUGCUGGCAUCAAUUUUGACUAGGCUGGUCUUUUUCUAUCAUGAUGUGUGUCUUUGUGUUUGUAUUUUGUGUGUGUAGGUGUCUGCACACGCAUGUUUGCAUAUGUUCACAAGUUUUUAUGUGUGUACUGUUUGAUAAACUUUUGUAUUAGCACUAUAGUUUGUUAAGUCCUAUGUGCUAGUGACUUUUAUAUGCACAAAACUGGCCACAAAGCUGUUAAAAUGUUUCUUUGUAUUAGUUGGUUGAUGUGAUCAUAAUUGUAAUGAAUACAUCGCAAAAGGCUUUUAGAAUAACUUGAAUGUUGUUAAAUAGACCACUACAAAUGUAUUUUUAAAGUUACUGUUUCAGAUGUGAGGAUUAACUUUGCUGGAACAUUGCUUUUUGUGUUUGUAGAGGCUCUUAACAAGGAGACGAUGAAGUACAGAUAGUACUGAUUUAGAAGUGACAGUAUGUUGGCUGUCACAUUUAUCCACUGUUAUUUUUUAAAGCCAGUGUUAUUAUAUUUCAAUGUGUUGUUGGUUCUAUUAUUUUAUUUAAAAAGUGCCAAUAAAAGAUAUUUGGAAGUUUG